UUUAUUCCCUGGUCCCGGUCUCUCACCAUGAGGGCUUCCUUCGCAUCCAUCCUUACAGGAUUGACUGCGCUGGCCGCUUCGGUCAAUGGCAGUCCCGUGGCUCAACCUGACGCUGAGUUGGAAACUCGUGCCGCUGCCUACGAGGGCUACAUGAUGGCAUACUUCACUGGCAAUUCGCGUGACGGAGAAAAGAUAUACUUUGCUGCCAGUAAUGGCAACGACGCCUUGAGCUGGACCGAGCUGAACGGUGGCAAGCCGGCUCUUACUUCAACCAUGGGUACUACGGGCGUCAGAGACCCGUUCAUUAUGCGAUCUCAAGACGGCAGCAGAUUCUACAUUCUCGCCACGGAUCUGUCCAUCGGAAGCGGAACUUCUUUUGGCGAUGCACAACGCCAUGGAUCUCAGUAUCUCGAGAUCUGGGAAUCCACCGACUUGGUCAACUGGGGCACUCAGCGCCACGUCAAGGUGUCAACCUCCAACGCCGGCAAUACUUGGGCACCUGAAGCACAAUGGGACUCUUCGAUUAACAAAUACGUCGUUUACUGGGCAUCCACCAUUUACGCCGACAGCGAUCCGAACCACACGGCAAACACAUACCAGAAGAUGAUGUACGUCACGACCUCGGACUUUUACACCUUCAGCGCACCGCAAGUCUGGCAAGACGUCGGAACCUCCCGCAUCGACACCACAGUCCUGCUCGUCAACGGCACGUACUACCGCUUCACCAAGGACGAAGGUGCGGGCACAACCGGCUGUUCGGACAUCAUUGAAGAGCGAUCGACCAGAUUGCUCAACCAAGCCAGCGGGUACACCCAAGUCACCUCUUGUAUCGGCAAGAAAGCUGGCACCAGCGCCGUCGAGGGACCAACUGUGUUCAAGUCCAACCCAAACGACGUCAACGGCAACAAGUUCUACCUCUGGGUCGAUGAGUACGGUGGCCGUGGCUACAUCCCUCUCGAGACUGCGGAUAUCGCAAACCCUGCGUGGACAGUCUCUGCAAAAUUCACACUUCCAAAGAGUCCUCGACACGGGACAGUUCUUCCCAUCACCGCUGCUGAGCUUGAUCGCAUCAGAGGCAACAGUCGUAGUAUUGGCGCAUCAGGAGCUGGACAUGGCACUAACGGAGCGGGGAAAUCAGCUCCCAACUUGAUCCCGGGUCUCUACGCUGACCCAAACAUCUGUGUCUUCAACAAGAACUACUACAUCUACGCCACCUCCGACGGGUACGCCGGCUGGGGCGGCCAGGAGUUCUACGUUUGGAAAUCCAGCAAUCUUGUCUCCUGGACCCGCUCUGACAAGCCAUUCCUCACCCUGAACGGCACAUCCGGCAACGUCCCCUGGGCUGACGGAAACGCCUGGGCACCAACCGCCAUCUCUCGGAAUGGAAAAUACUAUUUCUACUUUUCUGGUAACAACCCCACGUACAACCGCAAAACCAUCGGUGCAGCCGUCGCAAGUAGUCCAGAGGGUCCCUUCACCGCACAGCCCAAAGCGAUGAUCCUCAACGACGAGUCCGUCACUUCCGGCCAAGCUAUCGACCCCGCCGCUUUCUACGACCCCAACACGGGUAAAUACUACCUCUACUGGGGCAACGGCAACCCCGUCAUGGCCGAGCUGGGCGACGACAUGGUCUCCAUCAAGGCCAAUACUCUGCGCGCCAUCUCCGGUUUGACCGACUUCCGCGAGGGUUCGUUCAUGGUGUACCGCGAGCCGUAUUACCACAUGACCUACUCGAUCGACGAUACUGGUAGCGAAAACUACCGUGUUGGGUAUGCUACGGCUCUCAGUGCUACGGGACCAUUCACGUACCGUGGUAUCGUGUUGGAGAAGGAUGUGAGCCAGGGGAUUUUGGCGACGGGACAUGAUAGUAUUAUCAAUGUGCCGGGGACGGAUCGUUGGUACAUGGCUUACCACCGUUUCGGGAGGCCGAAUGGAGAUGGUCAACAUCGUGAGACGACAAUUGAUAAGGUGACGUUUGCGAGCAAUGGGCUGAUGAACAAGGUCGUGCCGACGGUGGAUGGUGUUCGUACGGCGGAUACGGUGCCGUGA